GAACCUACAAUCAUAGGUUUCUGGCGUGACCAAGGGACGCAACUCUGCACAGCGAAUCGCGGCGCCUUAGACGACUGGGCCACCCGUGCCCCCCGGACGUUUUAAUAAGAAGGUUGGGUAGCGUAGUGGUUAAAGUAUUCGCUGAACACGCCAAAGGCCCAGGUUCGAUUCCACACAUGGGUACAACGUGUGAAGCCCAUUUCUGGUAUCGCCCGCCGUGAUAUUGUUGGAAUAUUGUUAGAACCGGCGUAAAACCAUGCACACUCACCCUUUUAUUCCUAACACGUGUACAGGCUAAGACAUAAACCAGCAGUUGUUGUAUCGAUACCCAAGACAUCCCAGAAACCGCAAUUCGCAGUGCAGUGUUAAGCUCCUAAGUCAUCUAAAUUGGCCACGAUAUUUGAUUAUCCUUGUUGGCAAAUCGAUACGUUAUUAUAACAAUAGCAACGAUAUAUAGCAACGACUUAGCAAUUAAAUAUAUCGGGAACAUAUAGCAAUCUGAUCAGUCAUGAUUAUGUACAGAACAUUUAAGACUUUAUUAGAGCCAGAAAAAUAUCUAUCAGUUUUAACAAAUAGUCACCUAAGAAAUGUAUAUGUUAAAUACAGACUUGGCUUGUCAAAACUUAUGAUUAAUUAUGGACGGAAUAUAUCACUUGAAAGAAUACAAAGAAUUUGUCCAUUCUGUAACUCUGCUAUAGAAGACGAAAUACAUUUUACCUUUGAAUGUCCUUAUUAUGCAGAAUUACGUAUUAAAUAUAUACCAGAAUAUUUCUUAUCUAAGACGAGUAGAAUAAGGUUUGUUUUUAUUUUGUCAUCGAAUGAUGCCAAUGUAAUGUUUAAACUGUCUUUAUUUGUAAAACAUGGGAUGGAACUACGAAAUAACAUGUUGAGCGGAAAUUCAGAAUUUUAAUUACCUUACCCUAGAAAGUCCUCAUGAUUAUCACCGAUUGUUAAAUGCAUGUUAUAGUUUUAUAAUUUUUGUUGUAUCUCCCAAUCUGUAAAUUCUCACCCACUGUAUUUAUCUGAACUUGUAUAUGGGCCGAUGGCCUUUGAUACAAUAAACGUCUUUGACUCUUUGACUCUAUAGCAAUCUGAUCAGUCAGUGUUGUGUUAUUCACCAUACCACAUGGGUUUCACCAAGUGGAAAACGUCUAAGAUCUGUGUCACCUCGGAUUUCCUCCCACACGCCGUGAUAUAACUCAGUACUGGAAUUCAAUUCAAUUUUGCAUAAAUUGCCAACGCCUAGAGCAUGCCUCUAACUGCUCUUAUUUACAGUAGGCCACUUGCUAUCCAUUUCGUUCCUGAUAUCGAACCCUCAAAGUUUGAUCUGACAUCUGCUACCAAGAUGAAAUUCCCCUACAGGUGACAUCUCAUGAUCAAAACGGCCGGCCUUUAUUCCAUGAUAUGUGACAGAUUAUUGAUUUGAGCUGACAACACAAUGCAUUACUUCAAAGGGGUCUAAACAAUUUGUUUUUGUCUGGUUUGAAAAAAAGGAACAUUCUCAUGUCAAUUACAUAAAAUAUAUUCAGGAUGUUUGAAAUGGUCCCUACAGCAAUAUACCAUGCGAAGAAUAUCCGUGUCGACAAGGUAGCUGUAUCAUAUUCGUAGCAAGCUAACUGGUUAGAGUGUUUACAAUUUAACCUGGAAUGAUGUGUAUAGAGACGGAAUCGUAAAAAAGAAGUAUAGACUCUUGGAGGAGGUGGAAUAUUUCAACGAGUACUCUUAUCUAUUGAUGCUGGAACCUAUACCAAAGACGACCCUGACCUCGUGUGAACAGCAGGGCGUGCUCCAUUGUUUGGAUGAGGAAGCCAAUAGGUCUGGUUAUAUUUUCUGUGACAUAAACAUCUGACCAUCGUGUACAUCACAGCUGACCAACACCACAGAAUAGCAUGAGGCGGCUGACAUUUCGGAUGAUCAAGACUAUUGUGUUCUGUAUGUGGUUGCUUUUUUUAUACACCACCAGAUCAUUGGUACAAAUUGUCGACAACCAAUAUUUAAGUGACACAGGUGGUCAAAUCACAGGACAUUCAUCUGGAAUACACUACUUCAAAGGUGAGAAUGACAUCAGAGUUGAACAGCGUGUCAUUCAAGACUAUUUGAAAACAUCACUAAAUUCACAUGAUAAAUUAGAUGCAGUGGUAAAUAUUGUUGAGAAGAAAAGCAGCAUGCACGCUGUUGCAAUGAGGAGGUAUGUGAAUGACACAACAACAGAGCACAACAGGAAGGGAGACUUACCGAUCCUUGGAACCAGGCAGCAAAAGGAGGUGCGAAACAGACAGAAACAGGUGCACCCGGACAAGACAGAAGAGCAACGUGGACAACAGAUCCACGACACACAGAGUGUGGAGUAUUACGUGGAGGAAUAUGGAGGGGAGGACAGUAAUGUAACCUAUCCACCGUUUGUGGAGCACAGUCCGGAGAAUGGUCCAGGAGAAUGGGGAGCUGUUUACAAUUACAAGCACACAAAAGAGGAGGAGGGGGAAUAUAAAGAGGGGAAGAAGAGAAAUGGCUUUAACCAACUGGUGAGCGACCGGAUCUCCGUACAUCGGCGUCUGCCAGACAGUAGGCUGGAAGAAUGCAAGUCACGUGUGUAUCCAGACAAUCUGCCCAAGGCCAGCAUCAUCAUCUGCUUCCAUAACGAGGCUUGGUCAACUCUCCUCAGAUCCGUCCACAGCGUCCUUGACCGCUCCCCUGAACACCUGAUAAGGGAGAUAAUUCUCGUUGAUGACGCCUCUACUCAAGACCAUCUCAUGGCGCCACUGAUAAAGUACAUGUCAGAACUUAGGAAGGUGAAGAUUGUGAGACACAAGAAGCACCAGGGUCUAAUCAGAGCGAGACUGACUGGAUAUGAAAUAGCAGCUGGUCCAGUGCUUGUGUUCCUCGACUCGCAUAUCGAGUGUUUUCCAGGGUGGCUAGAACCACUGCUUAAUCGUAUUCUCCAGAAUCCAAAGAAUGUGCCCUUCCCUAUGAUAGACGACAUUGGUUAUGAAACCUUUAAUACCUUUAUCAUCAAGACCACCAGACGUUUAGGAAUGUUUGUAUGGAAACGAUUCAUCUUCAACUGGGGGUAUGUCGACAAAGCAAGGAUGAGUCAGUUGAAAACACCCACGGAUGCUAUCAGAUCCCCUACAAUGCCUGGUGGGUUGUUUGCUAUAGACAAACAGUGGUUCACAACUCUGGGAACGUAUGACCCGGGUCUCUUGUACUGGGGUGGAGAAAACAUGGAACUUUCCUUCAAAAUAUGGAUGUGUAAUGGAACCUUGGAAACACUUCCCUGUUCUCACGUGGGGCACGUGUUCCGCUGGGUGAAUCCAAUCAAGUGGAAGCAAGGCGGAAGCCCUGUUUUCACCAACGCCAUGAGGGUGGCGGAAGUCUGGCUCGACGAGUACAAGUACUUGUUUUAUGAAGGGAAUCGUGCGCCACCGGGUAGGAGCUAUGGUGACGUUACCGACCGGAAGAGACUACGCGAAAAUCUUCAUUGUCACGACUUCCGCUGGUACAUAGAAAAUGUAUACCCGGAGUGUCCUAUCGUCAAGGUCUUGAACGCAGGAGAGAUCCGAAGCGUUUCAAACCGAACUCUGUGUGUGAGUGCGACAAGGAGGGACGGAACAAGCCUACGUCCUUGUCACGGCGGUGGACGGGAGCAGUAUUGGCAGUUAUACCCGGUUGGGGUUGUAGAGGGUCACAUUAACCGACGACUGUGUGUCAGGGGAGGGAAGAUCAGUGAUUACCGUUGCUUAAAGGAUGAUCUGCUCAACUGGACGUACACAGAGGACAGAAGCCUUCACUUGAGAAACUCGGACAAAUGUUUGACAGCUGGUGACAAUUCAACCCUUUUUGUGAAGACGUGCGACGGGACUACGAAACAAAGAUGGAUGUUUGAGAAAUCUAAAUUUCAGCUUCAUAAAACCUAAAAUGUUGGCAAUUGCAAAUAUGUAACUACAUGAUGAUUUUUUUAAGUGUGAUUGUUGUGUAUUAUUAUGUAUGUUAAGCCGUUUGUUUAAGAAAUUAAAUAUGUGCAGACAUUAUCAGAUCUUGUUUCUAUUGGAUGAAAAGUCAGGCCAACGAAUUAUUGGCCUCCGAUCACUCGGACUUAGGGUUCUAUCUAAUUUUUCAAUCUUAAUAUGUCUUUGACACUGUGGGGCCGGAUGACGCUUAGAUAU